AUGACAAAGAAAAAUACUAAGAGUGGUAAUAAAAACACUAGUACAAAAAAGAAAAGUUUGUAUGUUAUUAUAAGUUUAUUAAUUGUUAUAUUGUCUGUUGGACUUUAUUAUUACCUUGAUAUUGAUGAUGUUGAUAUAAAUGUAGUGAUAUUUAAAACUAAACCUGUUGGAAGAAAAUAUACGCAAGAUCAACCAUUUAUACCAAAUUUUAAUAAGAUUAAAAAUGAAGGUUUAAAAAAUCUUCUUAAAAAACUUAAUUUUAAUGUUGGUGGACCUGGUGACUAUGGAGAGAUUGUUCAAUUGACAGCAGAGGAAAAAAAACUUGAUGAUGAAACUUUUUCACAAAAUUAUUUUAGUAUAGUGACAUCAGAUAAAGUUUCAAUAAAUAGGAGAUUAAGAGAAUAUAGAAAUAAGGGAUGUAAAAAAAGAGAAGAAAAUAAUUAUGAAGGUACAAGUAAUCCUAAGAAAACAUCUAUAAUUAUAACUUUUCAUAAUGAAGCUUUUAGUACACUUCUUAGAACAUUACAUUCAAUUAUUAAUAGAAGUAACUUAUCUUUGAUAGAAGAAGUUAUUCUUGUAGAUGAUAUGAGUGAAAAAUAUUGGUUAGUUGAACCAUUAGUUGAGUAUGCUUCAUUAUUACCAAUAGAAGUAAAAAUAAUUCGUAUGCCUAAAAGAAGUGGUCUUAUUAAAACACGUCUAGAGGCUGUAAAACAUGCUGAUGGUGAAAUAAUAUUAUUCCUUGAUUCACAUAUAGAAGUUACAGAAGGAUGGUUAGAACCUUUAAUAUCAAGAAUAGAUGAUAAACAUUUUCGAAUAGUAUCACCAAUUAUAGAUGUUAUUGAGGAACAUACUUUUGACUAUCAAACUUCAACUUCUCAUUUGUCAGGAUCAUAUGAUUGGUUUAUGUCAUUUAAAUGGCAAAAAAUGCCAAGUCAUCUUAAUCAACCAAAUUUAGCUGAUCCAUCUCAACCUAUCAAAACACCAGCUAUAGCUGGUGGUUUAUUUGCUGUAAAUAAAAAACUUUUUAUAAAAUAUGGUUCAUAUGAUGAGGCAAUGAGAGUAUGGGGUGGAGAGAAUCUUGAGAUAUCAUUCCGUACAUGGAUGUGUGGAGGAACAUUAGAAAUAGAUCCAUGUAGUAGGAUAUCACAUAUCUUUAGAGAUCAUUCUCCAUACACUUUUCCAGGUGGUGUUGAUGAAGUUAUUUAUACUAAUUUGGGUAGAGUAGCAAAAAUAUGGAUGGAUGAGUAUAAACAAUUUUUCUUUAAAUAUGUUGCAUUUGUCAGAAAUCUUGAUCUUGGUGAUAUAGAGGAAAGACUAAAAUUAAGAAAAGAAUUGAAUUGUAAAGAUUUUAGAUGGUAUUUAGAAAAUAUCUUUCCUGAAUCAUUAACUCCACAUGAUACAGAAUAUUUUGGUAAUGUUCAAAUUAAAGGAACAAGUGAUUGCUUAGCAUCAUUUGAGGAGGAAAAAGAUGAUGCGAAAAUUGAUUUACAUCCAUGUAAUGAUGAGGUACGAGAAGAAUUAUGGGUUUAUACAACACGUGGACAAUUAAGACAACAUAACAGUUGCUUAGUUCCAUUUGAAAAUGAUGAAAACGGUUUUAUUAAAACAACAACUAGAGAAUGUGAAAAUGUUAUUAAUGAUCCUGGAGAAGAAUUAGAAUAUGAUAAGAAAACUUUAACAAUAAAGCACAAAAUUUUAAAUAAAUGUUUGUCAUCUCGUGAGGGCAAAGUUAUUUUUGCUGAUUGUGGAAAUAAGGAAUUAAAGCAAAAAUGGAUUAUGACAAAGUUUAAUCAUUCACUUUAA